AUGAUGCAAACCUGUGAGGAUCCAUUGGAGCUUAAGAAGAUUUUGGCUCCGUACUUUGAAGGUUUCAAUCGUACCACUGAGGUUGCUGAUGCUGAAGGAUCCAUGAAAUUCAUGCAUCCACAGGGAGUUAUUGUCCAGAGAGACACUACGUCGAUUUUUGGAAAGGAAGCGCUCACCGAUCUCUUCAAAAGAUGGUAUGACUUCACCGGACCGUACUACUUUAACCGCUACAACGAGAAAUACAGUGGAGGAGGUGACUAUAUUGUCGUCGAAGCCAAAAUGGAACUCGAGAAAGUCGGCGGAAACGAGGUUUUCCUUCGUGGAGAUGUGAUGCACAUCUGGAAGAAAGAGCAAGACAAAUGGCUCAUGUUCUACGAGCAAUACCACGUUGAAAACUGA